AGCACCCCGCGCACUUCCAGACGGCGCUCAGUCUGGAAAGGAAGGGCCGAACGGGUGCUCCAUGACAAAUCAGGUUCCGAUGCUGUCUGGAUGAUAAAAUAACACUUGAUUGAUGAGCAUGACAUUCCUCUAAUUGCUGUUUCGCUCGUUCGAUCGUCUGGCGGAUUGAUGGACGAUUUUAUGCGUUGCUGUUGCGAAGGACGGCGGAAGGAGAGCAGAAAAUAGACGUGGAUGUGAAUUCAUAUCUUUCCCCCUGAAAACACAACAACCUCAGGAUGUCCAUACUACGAUUCGUCGCCAACAGAUUGCUAUGGCAACGUAGCUGCUUGCCCCAAUGGACGAGCAGGCAGGCACACACCGCCGCAGAGGAGAUGGCAGCAACCUGUCCCUUUGCAGUCGAGGGAAAUGGAACAAAAACCACGAAGGAGGAAUUGUACCAGGCCGCCCGCCCCUUCGAGGAAAUCCCAGGACCGGCCCCUCUGCCUGUGGUGGGGGGGCUGUACAACUACUUCCCGAUCGUUGGCCAGUACACCUUCAAGCGCCUCCACCACAGCGGCUACAAGAAGUACAAGCAGUUUGGCCCCAUCGUCCGGGAGAAGCUCACCGGGUCCCUGACGCUGCUGCUUCUCUUCGACCCCAAGGACAUCGAGACCAUGUACGCUGGGGAAGGGAGGUACCCGCAGCGCCGCUCCCACCUCGCCCUCGAGAAGUACCGCCUGGACCGCCCUGAGAUGUACAAUUCGGGAGGGCUCGUGCCGACAAAUGGACCCAAGUGGUGGGAACUCCGAAGUCCUGCACAGAAAGUUCUUAGUCGACCUCAAAGUGUGUUGAGUCGUCUUCCUCUUGCGGAUCAGGUGUCCAGAGAUUUUGUUGACCUCAUCAGUGCCAUACGAGACCCAACUACUGGCUCCGUAUCCGACUUCUUGAAUCUUGAAAAACGUUUAUUCUUGGAAUUGACAAUGGCUGGUGUUCUUGAUGUCCGGAUUGGAUGCAUCAACAAGGAGUCGUUCCACGCCGCAAAUCAAGAAGCAGAAGAACUUAUUCAUGCUGCUAAUUCCACCACCUCUGUUAUCCUCAGGACGGAUAAUAGCAUGCAGCUUUGGCGACUGUUUGAUACCCCCCUUUAUAAGCAACUCGUGAGGGGACAAAAUAUUCUAUAUAGAACGUCUUUAAAGUAUGUUGAGGAAAAAGAAGCGGAAAUACAAAGAAGAAAAGAGAUGAAUAGCAAUGAGUCUCUCGAUGACGGGCCUGUCACUGUACUUGAAUAUUUUCUAAUGAGGAGCGGUAUGGAUAAAAAGGACAUUGUAAGUGUUGUGUGUGACACUCUCCUUGCUGGUUCUGACACAGGUGCUUUUAGCUUAUCUUAUGUUCUCUACAAUCUGGCCACUAACCCAGAAAAGCAAGAAAUCCUGGCUGAAGAAUCUAAAAGCUUACUAGAGGAAGCAGGUGGAAAAGUGACAUCAAAGGUCUUAGCCAAGUCUAGGUAUUUGAAAGCAACGGUCAAAGAGUCAUUCCGUUUACGUCCUGUAUCAGUGGGUGUGGGACGAAUUACAAAUGAAGAUACAGUCAUCAGAGGAUACAGAAUACCAAAGAAUACAGUUAUAGUGACACAGAAUCAAGUCUCUUGCCGUCUUCCUGAGUAUUUUCCUGAUCCUGAUGCAUUCAUUCCUGAACGUUGGUUUGCGAAAGGGGAGAUUAAUCCCUUUUUGGUUCUUCCGUUUGGACAUGGACCACGAGCAUGUAUUGCGAGACGUAUGGCAGAGCAAAAUAUGUAUACUGUGAUUAUUCAGUUGAUUUCGAAAUUUAAGAUCCGGUGGACUGGAGGUGACCUAGACUGCUACUCCAACCUUAUCAAUGAACCAGAUUCUCCGUUGGAUUUCACUUUUACUCCUAGAACUUGAAUAGAAGGUUCUUUAGCUUGUUUAGAUACCUUUUUUCCUACAGAUAAAUGUCAUUAGCAAUUCAUUAUUUAAAAAAGUUUCUGAAUUUAACUAUGGAAAUUGAAACAAUUUGAUAAGAAUUCUGCAUGUGUGUUUCCAAUAUAUAUUUUUUCUAUUUAAGAUGUACAACAUGCAGAAGACCGAGGCUUGUAACAAAUUUGAAUAUAGUGUAUGUAUACUUUUAAAUCAGUGUGUAAUUUUGUCCUCAGUAAAAGCAAGGACAAAAUCACAACUACGCAGGAUCAAGAUUCAGUUUGCAAGGAAUAAAAAGGAGAUUGCAGAAAAGUCUUGAUUAUAAUAUCCAUUCAUUUCAAUUUAUUGAGGCUCGUGUGCACUAUGUACAAAAACAUUUGUUUAACCUACUUUGUACACAUAACAAUUCCUGGAAGACAGCCAUUUCCGUACAAAAUAUAUACACUUUUGAAUCUAUACAAGCAUGAUCAUGAUACAUAUUCCCUUACCUUAUUUGGUGAAAUACUAAAUAUACAAAUUAUGUGAUACAAUAAUCACAUACAAA